AUGAACAAGUUGCGAGAACAUCAGCUAUUCGCUAAGUUGAGCAAGUGUAGCUUUUGGCAAAGGAAAAUUGGAUUUUUGGGGCAUGUGGUUUCAGAAGAAGGAGUGGCUGUGGAUCCUGAAAAAGUCACAUCAAUCAUUAAUUGGCCUACACCUAAAAGUGCCACAGAGGUGCGUAGCUUUCUCGGGUUAGCUGGUUACUAUCGGAAAUUUGUAAAAGGAUUUGCUAGCUUAUCUAAGCCGAUGACUCAACUAACGGGAAAGGGAGUAAAGUUUGAAUGGUCGGAGCAGUGUGUGGAGAGCUUUAAGAAACUGAAAGAGCAUUUGACCAAAACUCCAGUGUUGGUAUUACCAAGGACAGGAGUACCAUAUGUGGUUUACACCGACGCUUCAGGAACAGGAUUAGGAUGUGUGCUCAUGCAAGAAGAUAAGCAGUGGUUUUUGCUUUGA